GAACUAUGAGCAUUUUAAUACUAGUUCUUCACUUGUUUCUAACCUACAUAUACUUCCCAAUCCCAUCUUGCAUGUAUUGUCCCCACUCAUCCUUUCUAGCUGAAAUUCUUUUUUUCUUCUUCUUCUUGUUUUAAGUAAAAGAAAGAAAAAAAUUUCACUUCUCGUUAGAUCAUAGGAAAUUAAAUUACUCAUUAACUUAGAGUUUGCUAGCUAUUUUUUUGCGUAAAUGCAGGGGCGAUGUAAAAUAGAUAUAUAAUCUAUGGAGCAAAUAGAACGUAGGGUCCGGGAAAGGCCGCACUCCAAUAAUGUAACGUAGACAGCUACUGUAUGUUAAUGAGCUCUAACAGUGAUAUUCUGGGCAAUUAUGUUGGAUUCUGAAUAAAUGCUUUAUCAUGAAGAGUGUUUCAUAUUUUUUUUUCUUAUAUAUUUUUGUUUUGAAUCAUCAAUAAAAGAAAACUGAAAAAGGAUGUAGAGCUCACGUGAAGCGUGGUAGUUGCCAACUACUAGUUGGGGAAGUCGAGAGCGACAUGACUUCGAACUGAAUGACAAAAAUACCCUUCCUUCUCGGAAAUAUCAUGCAUAACGCGGGUUGCCUUCCAGUUGUAUGCUCCUAUAAUUCCGUUCAUCACUAUAAAUAAAAUACCACAAUUCUGUUCUCCAUCAUAAUUUACAAACUCUUCUGACUCUGAGAGAGAGAGAGAGAGACGAUUUAAGAGUUAAGACUAAGGAUUUUAAUUUAAUUGGUGGUCGAUCUAUGCAAACGAAGCAAGAAUCGUCGAUCAAAUUGGGAGGAGUUGUUGAGUUGAAAUUGGAUGCUGCAGGUUCUGAUUAUGAGCUGGUUUGAUAAGCUACGGUGUUCGUCCAAUCUCAGCCGCUUCAUUGCCGGCCUUCUCAUCUUCAUGCUUUAUCAUUCCAACCAAUUAAUUUCUAAUUUCUUACUUCCUAUACACCCUUAAUUUCAUUCAUCUCAUACGCCAACUCUUCAAUCUCUAUUCUCUGUUUUUGCGCUCUUACCUGUUCAAAAACAAUCCUUCCGAUUCUUCCAAUUCAAACAACGUCGCCGUUUUUCGUCACGGAUAAUUUCAUGGAAAUCAAAGAUGAUGAUUCUGGCUCCAGUAAUUUCCUUGACGGCACUUUACCACCCCGCUUAGGUCGGCCGCAUAGUUCAUCUCCAUCUGUAAUUGUGAUUGGUGGAGGUAUCUCAGGCAUAGCUGCUGCACGUUUCCUUCACAAUGCAUCUUUUAAGGUGCUCUUGUUGGAAUCACGGGAUAGACUUGGUGGUCGCAUACAUACCGACUACUCAUUUGGUUGCCCAGUUGAUAUGGGAGCAUCAUGGCUCCAUGGGGUGUGUGAUGAGAAUCCUUUGGCUCCACUGAUACGUCGAUUAGGGCUCAGUCUAUAUCGCACUAGCGGUGAUAACUCAGUACUGUAUGACCAUGAUUUAGAAAGUUUCAUGCUGUUUGACAUGGAUGGUCAUCAAGUUCCUCAAAAUACAGUUGUUCAAGUUGGAGAUGUAUUCAAGAAAAUCCUCAGUGAGACUGAGAAAGUGAGGAAUGAGCACAGUCAUGACUUGUCGGUUCUUCAAGCAAUAUCUAUUGUACUGGACAGGCAUCCAGAGUUGAGGCAAGAAGGACUUUCCCAUGAGGUGUUGCAAUGGUACAUAUGCAGAAUGGAGGCAUGGUUUGCUGCAGAUGCAGACACGAUCUCUCUGAAAACCUGGGAUCAGGAACAAGUUCUCACUGGUGGUCAUGGACUUAUGGUGCAAGGCUACCACCCAGUCAUAAAGGCAUUAUCAAAAGACAUCGAUAUUCGUUUAAGUCACAGGGUCAAGAGGAUUACAAAUGGGUAUAACAAGGUGAUGGUUACAGUUGAGGAUGGGAGGAAUUUUGUCGCGGAUGCUGCUAUUAUAACUGUGCCUCUAGGUGUUCUUAAAGCCAACUUGAUUGAGUUUGAACCAAAAUUGCCAGAAUGGAAGCAAUCUGCAAUAGCAGAUCUUGGUGUAGGCAAUGAAAACAAGAUUGCAUUACGAUUUGAUAACGUAUUUUGGCCGAACGUGGAAUUGUUAGGUGUUGUUGCACCUAGUUCAUAUGCUUGUGGUUAUUUUCUUAACCUCCACAAGGCAACAGGACAUCCGGUCCUUGUCUAUAUGGCUGCUGGAAGACUUGCUUGUGAUCUUGAGAAAUUAUCAGACGAAUCUGCUGCUGAGUUUGCAAUGCUGCAGCUGAAGAAGAUGUUCCCCGAUGCUACUAAGCCUGUUCAGUAUCUUGUAUCUCGCUGGGGUACGGAUCCGGACACCCUUGGAUGUUAUUCUUAUGACUUGGUUGGAAAGCCAACUGAUGUGUACGAUAGGCUUCGAGCACCAUUGGGUAAUCUAUUCUUUGGAGGGGAAGCUGUGAGCUCGGAUGAUCAUCAGGGGUCAGUCCAUGGUGCGUAUGAAUCUGGAAUUAUGGCUGCUGGAAAUUGCCGCCACCAUCUCAUCAAAAGACAUGGAAGUCUGGAAAUGGUUCAGGCUAAUUCCUAUAGGGAGGAAAUCCUUGAAACCGCAGUUCCUCUCCAGAUUUCAAGAAUGUGAUAUGCAUGCAACUGUGAAAUAAAAGAUUGUCUAAGUUUGAAUUUGCAAGUUUCGUUUCACUGAACUUUUGCUCAAGCAGUUUGUCCAGUGUCGUACUGUUAUAUAAACGAAUUAUUAUCUGAACAGGAUUUGCAAGUUUCAUUUCAAGUCACUUAGGUAUUGUGUUCCAGCUUGUACUUUUACUUUAUCCGUAGAUUAAUUUACGUAUAAAUAAUGUUGUCUCCCGUUCAACUGAAAUGCCAAUUGUAUCAAAGCUUUCAAAUUGACCAUAUUGAGAGUUUUAUUCGUA